AUGGGUGUCGGCUACACAUACGUCUGUGGCGGCUACUCAAAUGCAGAGCGACUCAACGUCUUCGUUGUCUUUACCAUUCAGAAUUGUCUCAUGGGACGACUGUCCUGUCUCCCGCCAGGUAUCAGCGACCGCCGCAUAAGCCUGCUCCUGACCAUUUGGGGAACCAACUCUGUCACGAUCGCAAGCGCCUGCCCCCCUCAAUGACCAGCGCCGCCGACAGAAAAAAACAAAUACUACGAGGACUGUACCGAAGGCAGACAACCUGAUCGUCCUUAGCGAGUCCAGUUCCCGUGUUGAGACAGCAAUGCCGUCUGGAGGGAAUACUGAGUCUCCAUGGCAUAACCGGCUGCAACUAGAACGGCUUUCUUACGCUAUGUACCCGAGUAGAAUACCGGCUCCUGUUAGUCAGCACUUUCUUCCGCUUUCUGAUGCGGAAAAUGUCGACCUAGAUGCACCUCCGAUGGCGGCGCUGACAUCUGCUGGACUAUGUUCUCGUGCGGAACGACAUCAAUACGACGUGUUGGCGACGAAUGCCAUUAGCGACGCCGACGGCUAGGCUGUCCACCGUCACUUAAUCUCUUAUAUGAGGCUCCGUCUGCAGCCGCAUAGGAGACCGUGGAAAAAGCGACCACAAGACAAGCUGAGUACUGCUCUGACAAAUCUGUCCGCUUGCCGCUUUUAUUUCAGCAAUUAACUGACCAAUCAGUUUGAAUAUUAACAAACUCCAGAUGAAGACGCUACUGCGGAGAAUCGUAGUUUCAGCUGAGGAAUGCUAUCAAGUCCAGUGUCUUCAGUGUUUUCGGAUGCGCACGUCAACAGCACUAAGGCUUUUCCGAUUAAAACAAUGCUAGUAUCAACAAUCUGCUCGCCGAAAUCCACAGACUGGACAAACCUACAUUGACCUCGGACUUACGUAAGCAACUCGGUAUUCUUCAUGUGUCGCCGCCUCGUACACAGAAGGUUGCGAGAGAGGCAGGGCACCUGGAUGACUAGAAAGGCCAAAGCAAUACAGGGGCAUACGGACCGAAAUGAAAAAAACUUCUUCCCGUCAAUCAAGGCGGUCUACGGCACCACGACCAAAGGAACUACGCGGCUUCUCAGCUCCGGUGGAACAACAUUAUUGACGGAGAGAUCACAGACCCUGAUGUGCUGGGCCGAGGGCGUCAAAAGUGUCUCCAGCCGCCCAUUUUACGAUCUCCGACGGCGCCAUCUACCGGCUCGUCCAAGUGGGAGCGAGCAACGACCUAGGUCUCUCGCCUUCUCUGCAAAAAAAACUAUCAAACCGGCACAUCAACACGCCGGCAGGAAAGCACCGGUAUCCAUUCCGAUCUCAGUCGAAGUUUACAAACUCAGCGUCUUCAGGUUGAUAGCCUAAAUUACAAAUGAAUUCUAGGAGAUGUGGCGGCAAAGGCGAGCUCUUCAGGAUUUCAAGGACGCGAUAAUCGUCCAUCUCCACGGACGAAAGUGUACCGUCAACUCUAUGAUACCAAUAGAGAAUUCUCGCUGCUCAGGAUUACCAGUGAGGCACUUAUUCACAUCUUCCUCAACCCCCUCAACUGUCCUUUCGAAUAGGGACCUCUCCCUGAAAGCCAGUGUGGCUUUCGCGGAACCAGCGAUCUGGUUUGCUCCUCCCUUCAGCUACAAGAGAAAUGUCAGCAAAUGUGGACUCACUUCUACAUUACCUUUUUGGAGCUGUUGAAAGCCUUUGAUACGAUAACCUGCAACGGGAGCUGGAAAACCACGCGGGAAUUCGGCCGUCCUGGGAGAUUCCCGCACACGGUGCGUCAGCACCACGGUCGGACGAUGGCGCGAGUCACACCUGUAUACGCGCCGGAUAUGCAGCAGUUAGACUCUCGGGUAACCCCUCUAGCAGAGAGGUCAGUGAGUGUAAUUUACGCCUAUCUCCUACCUGGUUCUGUUGUGCAGGAGGGACCUGCCAUGCAGCGACUUUAAUAUACGGGAGACUUAUGACAAACAAACAGCUGCGCCAGGGACAUUUGCGCUGUUCUUGUUAUUAGUACGUGACUGGCGUGCGAAGAGAAGUCGAUGUUGCUCACGUCUUUGCAUUUUAUAGCGAAAGUCUUCCCGCCUGGUCAACAAUGAACAUCUUUGACGGAUUGCAUUUGUAUUUUGGGUGGUCGAUGGGUUUUGCUUCUUGGAGUUAAAGUGGUCGCGGAAGUAUCUGAAUCCUUCUUAUUAUUAAGUAUGUUGAAAGUAAGGACAGGCCAGAGUUUCCCCAUUUUCUAGUAACAAAAUAUAACUAGACAUUAUUAUAACUGAGCAUCAGGUGGGUAGAAAAGUUCGGAGGUAACGUUGUGCCUGGCGCCAAGACUGCCCAAAUGAUAGCUUGAAACGGCUUGCAUGAACUCCACUUUCACUCCUGUCAUGACGAACCCAUCGCUAAAUUGGUCGUAGAUUUAAACGGCAGACAAUGUAUGAUAAACUAGUCGGUUUGGUUAAAUUAUAUGAUUGCCUCUUAUAAUCGUUUUAAGCAGGGAUGACCCGCUUACGCCGAUGGCAUUGGUUUGUUUUUAAAAAGCUGGCACGGCAGUUUUCAUCGAAGUCGGUUAACUUAGGGAUGUGAGUUCACAGUGCUGACAGGCGGAAAGAGGUUGAUAGAAGAAUUAGCUGCUGACUGACGCAGUGGGGGCGUUGUUUUGGUGGUGAUGGUAAUGAUGAGGUGCUGUACGGUCGUAACUUCACGUUUUUGACGAAUCACAAGCCAUUUCUGUCAAUCUUUGGAUUGAAGUAAGGAAUUCCCGUCUAUCCAGCGAACCGCCUUCAGGGAUGGACAAUCAUCAUUCUUGGCUACGAUUUCGACAUUCGCUGCUGUCGCACUACCGACUUUAGUCAGGCUGACGCCCUUACACACCUCAUCUGCAAUCAGCAGGAACCUGAGGAAGACACUGUGAUUGUCACUAUUUCGAUUGAGGACGAUGUGCGCCGUCAGCUAUCCGACGCCUUACGAGGUAUCUCUGUCACUGUCGCGGACCUCCGACGUGCUUCUCAGCAGGAUUCUGUCCUCCGUCAGGCCAUCACCUACGUGCAGACCUGUUGGCCAGUCACUGCUCUCGCUGGCGAUCUUCACCGGAUCUUCCUGCGCCGAGCUGUACUACGCCAGUUUCACGUGACACAUCCUGGUACAAGUCAAAUGUAG